AUGGCGCCAAGACGCCUUAGAAUGGUGUGUUCCUCCGACGAACACGACGAACCACAGCACCACCAGCAACCACCGCAAGUCGAAGAAUACGACGACGACGAUGUGGAAAUCGAACUACAAGAACCUACACUAAACCUUGAAACAGUAACGCUAAACUCCUCAAACCCAAACCCUAACCCUAACCACAAUUAUAAUCCCUCUGAAGCAGUCCAGCUUGAAAUCUCCGAUGACGACUUCGUCGACGUCCCCGAAAACUUCUCUCCUCCACCUACACCUGCGCCUCCGCCUCCAUCUGCACCUGCACCUGCACCAUCGAUUUCCACUCAAUAUGUCCACUCAUCCACAGCAUCGACAAUGAAUAGUUCUACCGAUUCCAACUUUGAAGCCUCUGAUUGUCCGAUCAGUGGAUUUUUACGGGGGCUAGGUCUGAAUUUGCGGAGGGAGUGGUUAGAUUCUUGCAUUCGCAACCUUGAGAGCUUGGUUCCGGGCUUUGUGAGGUUUGAUAAUGCCACAAAGGCGAAGCUCUGUUUUGAGCAGUUCUUGUAUUCGGAUAUGAACUACACUGGUGCUGGGGUGCUUCCGGAAAAUGUACACAACAUGCAUCUGGUUGAUCUGCCGGGGCCAUUUGUGUUGCAGGUGGAUGAGAUAGUAAACAUCAGUUGUCCUCUUCGAGGCAGGUAUCACAAUAUGCCUUCUGGUAUUAAGAGGUGCCUCAAGUUGUCUCUGACUGAUGGUGUUCAGCGUGUAUUUGGCAUGGAAUAUAGGCCUAUAAAAGAUCUUGAAGUUCUGGCUCCUGCCGGGAUGAAGGUUGCCAUUUGCAAUGUUAAUGUAAGGCAUGGGCUUCUAAUGUUGGUCCCUGAAGUUACUGAAGUUUUAGGAGGCUUAGUUGAAGAGUUGGAUGCAGCACGACAGAGGCUUGUUAAUGAAGUAAAUAAGCCACCUAGGGGAAAAAGAACCAGGACAGGGGUGGUUCCUUCUUUAGCAACUAGAGCUACUCUCGCUGCAUGGCCGCCAGACAGUGCCAAUCUUACAGCACACACCAACAGCCCCAUGGCACAAGUUGCAACUCCUUUUCAGGCAGAUAACCAGCGUACUUCAUCUGGUACUUCCACCAGUGCCAGAACUUCAGAAGAGGUUGCUGUUCCCAUUAGGAGCGAAGAAGCUGCAACUUUAACAUCAUCUAAUACGGUUUUGAUUGCUGAGGAUGUUCAUAUGGUAGACACGGUCGAACAAACGUUCAUACUAAGUGGUAACAGAGAAAUCCCUUUCACUUACUUAGCUAGUUUGUCAGCUAAGUGGGCUGCAAUGAAGGACAAAGCUCCCAGUGUUCAGGGAAAAAUCAAGUGCUUUUUGACUGGCGUGAAGGGAUUCCAAUAUAAGCAAAGGACUAAAUUUGAGCUGCGGGUUUAUAUAGAUGAUGGUAGCCUCAUUUCGGAGAUGCUCAUCGAUCACCAUGUUGUACUGAAAGGAAUAGGACAUUCACCUGAGGAGGUCACUGCUGCUCUCGCUUCUUCAGACAAGAAGAAAGUUAGUGACAUGAAAGAGACUUUGAAACAAUUUCAAAGUUUCUUGGUGAAUUUUGAGGGUACGAUGCUUGUACAGCUGAAUGAAGCCUCUUCUAUUCCAAUUGCCAUUGAUAUGAACCAAGGUUGCCCUGCACCUGAUGCCUGGUUGCUUCUGAGAAGACUAAAUGAAAUGAGAAACUGUGGUCUGAUUCACAGUGUUCAAUUGAUUCAGGUGAACGCCACAAGCAAGGACGGAAAGUGCAAAGGAAUUUGUACCAUUGAGAAUAUCCUCGCAUACAGGAAUGUUAACUUUUGGCUCGCAUUGGAUUUGACUCCAGAUGUGCUAUGCUCGGUAGGAGGUGGUGAAGCUUUUCAGGAAGUCCGCACCGAGUGCAAUUGCAUCAUCCUUCGAAAGGAAACUUGGGUUUAUUGUCCGGCUCCUUUGGUUAAAUUGCUUACAAGUUACAAACCUUAUGUGAAGGGGAGAAAUUAG